GCCAUCGCGCUAAACGGUCGCUUUGCCAGUGUUACAAAUUCACGUUGCGCUCGAUACGCCGACUCCGACUCCGAUGUGUGCUGGCGGUGAGGCCUCAACAAACAGACCAAUCAACUAAACAACCAACUUAUUUAGUUUACUAAUAAAUCAACAAUAUCGAAAAGAAAAAUUUAUACGCUAAUCAGCGCUGUGUGGCGUGUGAGUGUGUGUGCGCCGAAAAAAAGCUUAAAACGUUUGUGCACACAAAGAAAUUACCUGAAAAUACAGAAUGGAAUUGCAGAGUUUAAUAAAAGUAAAUUGAACUAAAUUGCGUACAAAAGGAAGUGAUGAAUUAGUGAAAAAGUUGUUGCAAAUAUUUUACUAAGCAACCGAAAGCAAGCUUGUGAUAUACAUACAUACAAUAUAUACGAAUAAAUACAUACCUACACAUAUGUAUGUGCGGUUCUUAACAAACGGAUUAUUAUAUAUUUUCCAGUAAUAGAUAAUUUCACAUUACAAUACUGUUUUCAACGGCGAAACACACGCACGUAACUGUAUCUGUGUAUGUAGAUAAUAUUGAUAACACUGCACGAGCUUUUCGUCUUUGCAAGGAUAUGCUGGCGAAAGCUUUCCUGAAGCAAAAAGUUUAGCAGUUUUUAGUUUUCUUAAUAUCGUCAUUUGCUCUCGUUCGCGUUCUCGCUUGAAUUUGGAGUCAUUUUUUGCCAAAGAGAUCCCUGCAAACUUUGAAGCGUUGCCAACCGGUUCAAAUUGAGUGCCGAAUAACUUAAUACAUGCGCCAGUGAUACCCAAUACUUACAUACAUUUGUUUUGGCCAUUUCAUUCUUGUUGUGUAAUUACUGUAAUUCCUGCAAAGCAACCACACACAGUUACGUUUUAAGUACAAGUUUAAAGUAAUCAAAGCGGAACCAACUAAUCGUAAACAACAUGGCAGCCGUGCAAACCAUCGAUCAAAUUAAGCUGGGCUUUAAGAUGGUCGACUUUAAAGUGCAACAGCGUCGCUUUCGCACCAACGAAAAAACAAUUGUCAGCACCAUAUAUGGACCCGUUAAAGGAGUUAAACGCAAGUCCAUCUAUGGCGAUUCGUAUUAUAGCUUCGAAAAGAUACCCUUUGCCAAGCCACCGGUAGGUGAGCUGCGCUACAAAGCACCACAGCCGCCAGAACCUUGGAUAGAAGUGAGAAGCUGUACGUCGCGUGGUCCAAAGCCAUUACAAAAACAUUUUGUAUUUCAAAUGACAGAUGGCUCGGAAGAUUGUCUUUACCUAAAUGUUUAUACAAAGCAUAUAAAUCCGGAUAAACUUAGGCCGGUCAUGGUGUGGAUUUAUGGUGGCGGUUUUCAGUUUGGUGAAGCUUCACGGGAACUCUACAGUCCGGACUAUUUGUUGCGCGAAGACGUCGUCAUUAUUUCAAUAACUUAUCGGCUAGGACCCUUCGGUUUUCUGUGCAUGGACGAUCCCGCUUUCGACGUGCCUGGUAAUGCCGGACUAAAAGAUCAAGUGAUGGCGCUACGUUGGGUCAAAGCAAAUUGCGAACGUUUCGGUGGCGAUAGCAACAAUAUAACAAUUUUUGGUGAUAGCGCUGGCGGUGCAUCAGUACAUUACAUGAUGAUCACCGAUCAAACGCGAGGCCUCUUUCAUAAAGCGAUUUCUAUGUCUGGAAACGCAUUAACUCCAUGGGCAGUUACGCCACAACAUAACUGGCCAUAUCGUCUGGCAGUGGCUGCUGGUUAUACGGGAGAAGAUAGUGAUCAGGAGGUUUUUGCUUUUCUACACAAAGCAAGGGGUGCCGAUAUAGUUAAGGCUAAUGAAGACUUAUGUUCCGACGAAGAGAAGCGCGAACGCAUUGGCUUUUCCUUUGGCCCAGUGAUCGAGCCCUAUGUGACAGACCAUUGUGUGGUGCCCCGAAAGCCAAUAGAAAUGAUGCGCAGUGCUUGGAGUAAUCAUAUACCAAUGAUUAUCGGUGGCGUGUCGAAUGAAGGGCUGCUGUUGUAUUCGGAAACGAAAUCUAACCCCAAACUACUUAAUGAACUCGGCGACUGUCGCUUUGUGGUACCGCUCGAGCUCGGCAUGGAUCGCGAAAGCGAAUUGUGCAAGGAAUACGGCAUGCAAUUGAGACAAGCAUAUUAUGGCGACAAAGAGCCCAGCUUAGAAACCUUACACGAGUAUCUAUUGAUGGUUUCACAUGAAUACUUCUGGUUCCCCAUCUAUCGCACAGUAUUGUCGCGUAUGACACACGCCACCGCGCCCACCUAUUUGUAUCGUUUCGAUUUCGAUUCGAAGCAUUUCAAUCAUCUGCGUAUACUCAGCUGUGGCAAGAAGGUACGUGGCACGUGUCACGGCGACGAUCUCUCCUAUUUAUUUUAUAAUUCUGUUGCACGUAAGCUGAAAAAUCAUACACGUGAGUACAAAUGUAUCGAACGGCUUGUGGGUAUGUGGACACACUUUGCCGCGCACUCCGAUCCCAACUAUGAUCCAGAGCACAUAGAUUUAUGGCAGCCUGUUACGAAAGCCUCUUUGGAGAAACGAAAAUUAAAGUGCCUUAAUAUAUCCGAUGAAUUGAAAGAGAUCGAUGUGCCAGAGUUGAAGAAGUUGUUGGUUUGGGAGAACUUCUACGGUCCGGAUCAGCUUAUAUGAACACUGAGAACCACAAGAGCUUAUCUAUAGAUUCAACGAACUUCCAUACCAAGAGAGGCGAAUCAACUUAUCAUAUAAUUGUUUUAACUUUAAAAUUUCUAAAGGAUUUUGCAUUGUCAAGUCAAAGGUAUGUACUGUUAGCAAAUAUUUAAAUUUCAAAGACGAAGCAUAAAAGGCAAUUUGGCUCGAGACAACUUUUUACAGAGCUCAAGUAAAAUAAUAAACAUUUUGUAUUGAAAAUAUUUAA